UUGCCACCAUGAGGCACGGCAAGGACGCAUCGAUACAUGAGGUCGCCGCGCGUCUAUAGAGCGCCCUAGUAGAGUGUAGCUUGCUAGAAGAACACCCUACUCCCACCUCCUCUCGCGCUUGCAUCUCCAACACCAGACUCAGCCCGGCGCAUCCGACUCAUUUCAAGCCCAUCUGCCAGAGGACAUGGCAACCUCUCGCCCCGGCUCAACUGCACCCGGCCCAUUUCCGCCACACCCAAACCAGCGUGGACCAGGUAGUACGGCAGCGACAGCUGGGUCGCACGAUCUCGCAGGCGAUGACAUGUCGAGAGCAGUAAACCAAGCCGUCGCCGCCCUCAAUACCGUCACAUCACACUUCACUGCGCGCAAUGCCACGGAACCAACGCUGCAAAGCGUCUCGGAUAAUCUGGAUGGAUUAAAGGGGAAGUACGAACGAGAAGGCCAAAGCCGACAAACUGCAAUCGGUGGUUUGAAAACGCAGAUCUAUGAGGACCUCCCUGUCCGGGCGCAGAAGGAGUUGCUUCCGGGACUGGAGGACUUCAUGAAGGAGCUGAUCGCAGGACAAGUGAAGAAGACCGUCGACGGCAGCAUCGGUGACUAUAUUGCCGUCCCGCUUGCGAAGCAGAAGGAAGUGGCACAGGCAAUGGCGAAGAAGAUCGACGUCGAGCUGGACAACUCGAGAGCCCGAUUGGAGAACUCGCGACUGCAUCCGGACGACACGGAUCCGUUCAAGGCAGUGCUGAAGAAGGAUGGGACGGAGAGCAAUGUUUGGCCCUUCGACUUCAGGUCGUUGUUUGCGUUCGAAGACAAGACCCUCGACAAGCUCCUGGAGGACUUUGACUUGUGCAUUGGCGUUAAGGACGACACGAAGGGCGUCAAGUUCCAAGACGACAUCAAGAGGGUGAAGAUGCAGACGUUUUUGGCGCACAUCGGUGCGCCUAUUGAUGUGCUGCAUUUCGUGUAGAAUAGCUUCGUAGCCCUUUGUGUACUUGUAUAAUCUCAGAUUGGAUUCUCGUAUAUC